UUGGAGGAGAAAACCCGCUCUGUUGCUAGGGAAUCUCAGCAUUAUAAACGGAAAACAUUUGUUUGUUAAAAAGUGCAUAAAAACGUAUACAGAGCGGUGCAGCGCUCAUAUUAUUAGUUGCCAGAACCAAGAGCAAGUGCAAAAAUAUCAAGUGCAGUCAAAAAUCGGGCGCAAGAACCGAUUUCCAAAAAGUGAAUCAGAAUUUUUCCCCCACACACACAUACACCUGCAUUGAAUCACACGCACACCAGCAUGAAACUCGUUGUGUUGUUGUAAAUAAGUGCAAGUGAAGCAGAAGCUGCGAUCGGGAAAAUUAAACAGAAGAAAGGGAAGUGAGCAGCAGGAAAAGCAGGGAAAAGUGGAUAGGCGGAGUGCAGUUGACACGCUUCGCUGGCUGCGCAACAGCAGAACGCCAGUCGAGCGUCGUCGAGGCUGCCAAAAAAGCCAUUAGUAGUGGAGAACCCCCCGCCCCUUCGGGUGCGCCCCAGUUCAGUGUCAGUUGGAGCGGCGCAAGAAAGCAAUUUUCUGGUAGCCGCCGCCAUCGGAGAAAUAGCAAUAAUUGCCCGCCGUAGAGACCGAAAGACAGACAGAACAACAAUUAGCCGGAAUGGAGCUGAAAGUUUGGGUUGAGGGCAUCCAGCGGAUUGUGUGUGGCGUGACGGUGAACACCACAUGCCAGGAUGUGGUGUUUGCCUUGGCGCAUGCCACUGGCAAGGUGGGCCGUUUUACGCUCAUCGAGCGAUGGCGCAACAAUGAACGCCACUUGGCCCCCAACGAGAAUCCCAUGAAGCUGCUCCUCAAAUGGGGCGAGUAUGCAAAUGAUGUGCAGUUCAUUUUGCAGCGAUCCGAAAACAAAACACAACAACAGCAGCAGCAGAGUAACAACAACAACAACAACAACAAUACCUAUGCUGUGAUGACAACAAAAAAACCACUGGGUCCCAACAACAAUAAUAAUAUGAACAACAAACCAGCGCCCCCCGCAUUGCAAAAGCAAAAAUCGAACGUAGAGCUGAGCUACCGCACAAAGGAAUUAAAAAAGAGUUUUGGGGGCUACGAUGCCAAGCAGUUUGACAACAUUGGCAUAGUCAAGGGGAUUCCCCAGCAGCAACAGCAGCAGUCACCACAGCAGGUUAACCAGCAAACACCAACAUUGGUAGCUCCUGCAGUCCCAUCACUCGUUACCAAGGAGCAGAUACCUACGCAGGACAGCAACAUGGUUCCACCGCUAGUGCCAAAGCAUGAGAAAUCCCUAUCAAACCCUCUGGACAUGAGCAGUACAAGCCAUAAUCCGCCGACCGUUGCCAAUGGCUACAAUGAUUUCUACAUUAACAACAGCAUGAACAGCAAUCACAAUAACAAUAUCAACAGCAGUAGCAAUCAGCAUAUUUACAGCCAGCUGAGUAAAUCCAGCAAUGAACUCCGACGCUCCAGUCCCAGCAAUGACAUAUACUACAACAAUAACAAUAGUAUUAAUAAGAACAAUAAUUCGCCGGAGCUGUAUAAGCAAACGCCAACGAUUUCCGCAAAUGGAGCUUUAGUCCCGCCUCCAUACCGUGAUCCACCGCCACCCAGAAACAGUCCCAUGUGCCAGAGCCAACGUCUGGCCAGUAGCAAUGCGGACACAAUGUCUAAUGCCUCUUCGUCGACGAAUCCUUUUCUCAGCGACUAUGAUCAGCAUAGCAACCACAACAAUAAUAACAACAACGGUAGCCAGGCCAUGGAGGAGGGCGAGAGCAUGUUCCAGGCCACACAAUAUAACGAUCUGCUGCAGUUAAUCAAGUUCCAGCGAGAGAAGAUCACAGCCCAGCAAAUGGAAUUGCAAAAGUUCGACACUGAGAUAGUGUUUUUAGAAAGCAAAGAACGGGACCACGCCCACGAGCUGGAAGCCAUAUCGCGUGAGAUCUCCAAAGCAGAUCAAAUCUUCAGGCAGGGCAGCGAACACCUCCAAACCCUGCAAUAUGUGGAGGAAGAGAACGAGCUGGUCAAGCAACAGGAGAAGACCCUUAAGUCGGAAAUUGCCCUGCUGCGCUCGAAGCUGGCUAAUUGUGAGACCGAGUUGCUGCAGUGCAAGAAUAAGAUGCGCCUGCUGAUGGAUGAUAUUGAGCUGGAGCAGCAGCAACAGCAGCAAACCAAUCGACAAACGGUGGAGCGUGACUUUCUGAUGGAAAUGGAGAGGAUACAGAGCGAAAUCGAUCAGGCACUACACAACACUGACACUUCGAAUAAAACUGCUGACAGCCUAAAGAAGGAGCUGCUGAUGAUCGAACAUGCCAUCGCUGAGAAGAAGCGGCAGGUUGAGCAGCUGGUCAAUGAGAUGAAGGAGGUGAAUUUGCAGAGUCUGACUGUUACCACUACCGCGGAGGAGAUCAAGCAUCUACUGGAAGGACAGGCAGCACCAGGCAAUAAGCAGGGCAGCAGUCGUCGAAUUAUCGGUUCGCCCAGGCAACUGGAGACGGCGGUACCGACCAGUAAAAAUCCCCAUGGCGUUUGGGUUUAAGAAGCAGUCACUUUUCUAAUCCUAUAUUUCCACCUUUCACAAAUCACGUUUUUUGGGAACAACAACAAUUGAUUAACACAUAUCCUGAAAGCAUAAUGGAGUUGAAGCCAAACGGAUUCCAUAUGAAUAUCACAAAUUUACAAGCAAUCAGCGUAAAGGUUAUUGCUUAGUGCUGCCUACUUUCCGAAUACACUAUGGAUCUCUCAAAAGCAAUGAUAAAUGUUACAAAUUUUUACACAAAACACACACGAACACCCACUGCACAGUACUUUUGUAUUUUAUUGUAGUUAAUAAUGAUUCCAUUAUCACAUUCCCACAUAUCCAUUCCCUUAAUUUUAAUUAUGUGUGCUAUAUACUUUUGUUUAAUCUUUGUUGCUAGUCUACACAUGUAAACAAAAAAGACGAACAAACCCCUUCCAAUCUCUAAAAUUCGCCAUUAGUUGGAACUUUAAUUGUUGCAAUAAUUCGAAAGUAAAACGAAACUUGAAACGCCUUUUUACCAUUUAAGUAGUGCACUUAGUGAUUGUCUCCCACAGAAUAAAUAAUUCAUUAUAGAAUUCACAAACGUAUUUAAACGUACUUAGCAAUUAGCACAGCUUUAGCAAACAAAUAUUAAAAACUAGCAAUGCUUUGUUGAAAUGUUUCACUUCUAAAGUGCAUAGCCUUAGCCACCGGAUAUUGAAAAAUAAGACAUACAUUAGCUUAAACAUGCAGAUCUUGUAGGAAACAACAUCAUAGGUCGCUUUUAUGUAUUUUGUUUUUAAUUAGCAAUAUUAAUUAAUUUUUAAAAUUGAUAAUGCAACCGCAAGAGCAACACCAACCGAAAUGCAAUUUAUGCAAUACUAUACAUUACGAUUACAUAUAAAACUAUAAAACAAAAACCUUGUAGAACAAA